CUGCCUUUCCUCACCGACUGAACCUUUUUUACUUGGCCAACGACGUCAUACAGAACUGCAAGAGGAAAAACGCCAUCGUCUUCCGCGACACCUUCGCAGAAGUGCUCCCUGAGGCAGCCUCCUUGGUCAAGGUUUUCUUUUUGUCUUCAGCUGCCUUUCCUCACCGACUGAACCUUUUUUACUUGGCCAACGACGUCAUACAGAACUGCAAGAGGAAAAACGCCAUCGUCUUCCGCGACACCUUCGCAGAAGUGCUCCCUGAGGCAGCCUCCUUGGUCAAGGAUCCAUCCGUGUCCAAAUCUAUUGAAAGAAUCUUCAAAAUCUGGGAGGACAGGAACGUGUACCCUGAGGAAACUAUUUUGGCACUGAAAGAAGCUCUGAGUACAACUUUCAAAACUCAGAAGCAGCUGAAAGAAACUCUGAACAAACAACCGAAUAAGCCGUGGAAGAAAUCACAAACAUCUGCCAACCCGAAAGCUGCUUUGAAGUCCAAGAUUGUUGCCGAAUUCAGGCCUCAGUCUCUGAUUGAUGAACUGCUGCUCUACAAACGCUCCGAAGACCAGAUAGAGCUGAAAGAGAAGCAGCUUUCCACCAUGAGGGUGGAUGUGUGCAGCACUGAGACACUUAAAUGCUUAAAAGACAAAACAGGGGGAAAGAAGUUCUCCAAGGAGUUUGAAGAAGCAAGUUCCAAGCUGGAAGAGUUUGUCAAUGGCUUGGACAAGCAGGUGAAGAACGGCCCCUCUCUCACCGAGGCCCUGGAGAACGCCGGCAUCUUCUACGAAGCGCAGUACAAGGAAGUCAAGGUGGUGGCAAAUGCCUAUAAAACCUUUGCCAAUCGAGUGAGCAACCUGAAGAAGAAGCUGGACCAGCUGAAGGCCACUCUGCCUGACCCAGAGGAGUCCCCAGUCCCCUCUCCCAGCAUGGACGCCCCGUCCCCGACGGGCUCCGAGUCCCCGUUCCAGGGGAUGGGGGAGGAGGAGAGCUCGGGGUCCCGGGGGGCAGCCGCAAGGCGGGGUCCCCAGAGCCCGUGA